AUGGAGCGGGACGGCCAGCAGCUGUCCGCGCGGCCGGCUCUGGAGACCGAGGGGUUGCGCUACCUGCACGUCACGGUGGGCUCCCUGCUGGCCACCUAUGGCUGGUACAUCGUCUUCAGCUGCAUCCUUCUCUACGUGGUGUUUCAGAAGCUUUCCACCCGGCUGAGGGCCUUGAGGCAGAGGCAGCUGGACCGGGCUGAAGCAGCCGUGGAACCUGAUGUUGUUGUUAAACGACAGGAGGCUCUAGCAGCCGCUCGUUUGAAAAUGCAAGAAGAAUUAAACGCACAAGUUGAAAAGCAUAAGGAAAAACUAAGACAGCUUGAGGAACAAAAAAGGAGACAGAAGAUUGAAAUGUGGGAUAGCAUGCAAGAAGGGAAAAGUUACAAAGGAAAUGCAAGAAAGCAUCCGGAAGAAGACAGUCCUGGGCCUUCUACUUCAUCAGUCCUGCCGAAACGGAAACCUGAUCGAAAGCCUCUGCGGGGAGGUGGUUACAACCCACUGUCUGGUGAAGGAGGUGGAGCCUGCUCCUGGAGACCUGGACGCAGAGGCCCGUCAUCUGGUGGAUGAGGCUAAGAAUCUUGUUAGUGUCACUUUGGACAUUAGCAAGAUGAAUCCGUAACCCUCAAUUCAACUGCC